UACUUUCGGUUCAGCUUCGGCCAAGGGAAGACGAGAAGAUGCAGAGUGUCGUGCUUGGCGUGCUUGCGCUUGCGGCGGGGGCGGCGGCCGUCGUGCCUGCGGGCGGGUUCGCGGCCUCGCCCUGGGUUGACACCUCGAUGUGCUCCCCACCGACUCCCUGAUGGUGUGCCAGCUGAAGAAGGGCCAGUGCUCCCCCGUGGGCGCCGUGUUCUCCCCCCCGGGCGGCCCCGUCAAGGCCGUCACCUCCUGCGCCAACACCACCGGCGUCGCCCUCGGCCCGCAGUUCUUCAUGAGCAUCGGUCUGGCCUUCGUGAGUGGCAACCCCGAGAGCCUCGCCGACAAGACCUCCUCCGACCCCGCCGCCGUCACCGCCAUCCGCCGCUGCGCCCUCAACGCCACGGGCCUGCUGAACGCCGACAUGAUGACCCUGAACCGCACCGCCAUCGCCGCCUCCGUCGCCUCCGCCUUCAGCACCCCCGCCCUGGGCGCCGCCGUCUCCUUCGCCGUCGCCGCGUGCCCUGAACCCGUCGACUACAAGGUCACCGACUUCGUCACCUGCCUGAAGACGGCCUGCAUGAACAGCGUGUCUGUGUCCCCGUUCAUGCAGAUGGCCAAGACGUCCUUCCAGAGCAUGAUGGCUGCUCCUCCUGCCGGCGCACCAGCUGCGGCCUAGGGUUCCUGGCGUGGGAAGGCGUGGAUGAGAAGGGAAUCAUUCCACAAUGAUUUCGUUAAGUUUAAUUAUUCAUCUUGUGGAAAGUUUUCAUUCCCAUUCAUACCAUUUCUAUUCUUGAUAUCUGAUAACGCUAGAUUAUGAUGUUCGGAUGUUGUUUUGGAUGUUGACGCAGAGAGAGAAAAAGCAAAAAUGUCUUUUCUUCUUCUGCACUGAUUGUUAUGCCAUUUUGCGGUUGAUUUUGAACGUUCAUUGUUGGACAAAAAAUCGCAAGUUGUAAUGGAAUUGUAGAGAAUGUAGAAAAUUAUAACAGUGGAACGAC